AUGGGAGGCUCCUCCAAUUACCAUGCUCGUUCCAACAGCCUUCCGACGAGGCCUCACCCCCUUGUCACAGAGUGCGACGAGCACCUAUGCCGGUUGAAGGCGCUGGACUCGGCUCCAUGGACGGCGUCGGGGAUGGCGAAGAAGCUGGCCGGGCUGCAGGACUUGCAGGAGUGUGUCAACAAGCUGCUGUUGCUACGGCGGACGAGGGACGCCUUUGCAGCACAGCGCCGGGAGAAAUGGGUGGAUGAGGUGUUUGAUGGAUCGUUGAGAUUGUUGGACUUGUGUAGCGCUUCUAAGGAUGGUGUUAUUCAUACCAAGGAGUGUGUGAGGGAGUUGCAAUCUUUGGUUAGGAGAAGAUCCUCUUCUUGGUGUUGUGGAAAUGGUGUUGCUAAUCAGGUGGACAAAUAUUUAGCUUCAAGAAAAGUAGUGAAAAGAGCGAUCCAAAAGGCUUUAGCAAGCGUGAAGACUUAUGGGGCAAAACCAAGUUCAAUCUCUAUUAAAGACACCGAAACUAUGGCCUUAAUAACUCUAUUAUUCGACGUAGAAGUUGCAAGUGUGAAUGUUUUUGAAGCCCUUUUGUGCUAUGUGUUGGGGAAGAAAGGAAAGGCCAAGGGUAGCGGUUGGGCGCUAGUUUCGAAACUGAUGCGCUCAAAACGAGCGCUUUUAACCGAGGAGGGUCUAGACGGAGAGGCAAAUGAGUUUGCAACCGUGGAUGCAGCGGUCGAUGCGGUGGCAAGCAGAUUAGCUUCUGAUAGCGCAGUUGUAGGCAGUGGCGGCGUAGAGAGCAUGGGGGAUCAGUUAGGGAAGUUGGAGACGUGUGUUCAAGAUUUAGAAGGAGGAUUAGAGGGUUUGUUUAGGAGAUUGAUAAGAAAUAGGGUUUCACUUUUGAAUAUUAUCAAUAACUAA